AUGAGCGAUGUAAUGGUAUCAGUCCCUACACACCCGAGCACCUCCGCCCCUUCUAUCCUGGCUUCCAAUUCCACCCUCAACCCUAACAUUAACGGCAAUGGCUAUCAAGACGCGCUAGACAAGCUACAGCCCCUGCAGCCCAUCCUCCGGGGCUUCAACCACCGCAACCGGAACCAGCACCGACGCGCCGUCUGGUGGGCUCCCUUCGGCAUGCUGCGGCGUCACGUCGAGAGGGUUGUUGACGAGCUACUCGAGGCCGCCGAUGCUGUUGCUGCCGCCGCCAAGUCAAAGAACAAGAAGCGGCGGCGCGAUGAUGAUGAUGAUGGCGGCAGCAACGUCGUGGAAAGGAAGGUAAGGGGUCACGUGGAGUGGUUAAGAGACAUCUUAAUUCCAAAGUGUUACUUGGCGUUCUCGCAACUAACAGCGGACAACCAAUUCGCAACGCUAGGCGUAGUGCUUCUCAGCGCGUUAGCCCAAGUCAACGCCGCCUGCAUACAUCUAGUAGGCGAAGCAGCGGAAGUAAGCCAUGACGAAACUAGCAUAUCUACUGUAGACAAGCCGGUAGAUAGCAGUGUCGCCGUGGCACGUAUAAAAGAACCCAGCGUCUUAGGAGCUAAGGAGCCGUCCUCCCGGCCCAUCUUGACCGAGACGUCCGGCGAGCGCGGGGGCUCGGUAAUCUCGCGGGACGAGGUCGCGCGGGCCGAGAAGCUACGGAGGAAGAACGUAAUGGUCGGAUCUUCUGAUAUACCUAGUAAUGCGAAGCGGGGUCAUGACCACGGCAAUGACGUUAGAGCUGUAAAGAAACAGCAGGAUACAUCUUCAAAGACGAAGACCAAAGAGAGUGUGAAACCCGCGAAGAAAAAGAAGACCAAGAAAGGUGGCGACGAGUUCGAUGAUCUAUUCAAGGGCCUAUUUUAA